CUUUGCUGAUUUCGAUCAUAGUGUCUCAGACAGUGAUGAUGAUCCAUCGAUAGAGCAAGCUCGUGGCGGUAACCGCAGCAACCGGAGCACGCCUGGCAAAGUAAAUUCGUCCAUGGCCGGGUUCAACAGCCUCUACGAUAUGACUCCGCCACCAGCACGCCUGCGCAAGUCAUAUCCAGCCGAGACGGGGAGUCUCCGCCGUGAUGCCCAGAUUCGACGCGCCUCCCGCAACGAAAUGGAAACUGCAUCCCCGCGCCAUGGCAGUGCGCGCAACUCACCAGCUGUGGCUGCAAACAACGAGAGAAAGCGCACUACGCUGGCGAAGUCACACGCAAAGAUCUCCGAAGACGAGUCGUCUUUCAUCGAGGAACGGCCACCAACAAUCACCCUCCAAGCCAAGACCACGCGUUUUAGUGGCCCACGAAGCCGGCAAACAUCGGCUCAAAUGGACGCGGUUGUUGAAUCCCCUGCACACGUUGAAGGCACGCAGCGGUCAAGGCCCACGACCGCUCAGAAUGCGACUGCACAGUCGUUCAUGCUCCCUGACCUCCCGAACCUUACCGAGCUUGUCUCCGGCGUCUUCCAGGAUGGCACCCCUGUCUUCUCUAAAGCCGCGCCGCCCCGAUCUCGAUUUGCUGCACCUCAUAAUAACGGUCGCGCCAGGGGUCGUCAUCCCAACCAUAUUCCUGUGGAUAGCGUCCCAAUUCCCGAAGAAGAAAAGGCAAUUUUCGCCUCUCUUCAGUUGUUGAAGGAGAAAGUUGCGCAAUUGGAGCACGAACGAGCAGAGGCUGAGAAGAAGAUUGAGGAACAAGAGAUUGAGAUCAUCGAGCUCAGAGCGUCAUGCUAUACAAAUGACAAGCUCCGACGAAGUGACAGCGCGUUGGGAUCCACGGAUGGCGAGGGCCCUGGAGGUAAGACCAACUGGAAGGUUGAAAAGACGCGCCUUGAGGCAUCCGUAGAAACCCUUCGAACACGCCUAGAUCGUUCAGAAAGGAAGCUUUCCGUAUCAGAGAUCGCCAAUAAGCGCAUCACUUCUGAGCGUGACAACUUGGUCUCCCAACUUAGCGUCGCUUUCCAGAAUUUCGAGGAUAUUAAAAGAGAGAAGGAAGCACUACGUGUUGAAAACGACACUUUGCGGAACGAAGUCGAUUCUCUCCGUGCUGAGAAUGACGCACUUAGAGGCCGAUUGGAACAAGAGCAGGAGAUGUAUCAGGAGGAGACCCAAAACUUGCGACGACAAGUCGACCGAGCCGAGAACGUAGUGCACAAAGAGAACGAGACUCUUCGUGUUGAAUUGGCUCGCGUUCGUGCCCAAUAUGACGAGAACACCCAACAUCUUACUAGGAAAGAGGUUGAACUUCGCAAAGCACGUAAAGAGCAAGCAGAUUUCGCCAAACUCAAGGCAGACAAUGAGGCCCUCAAAGCACAGGUGGCAAGCUUCAAAGCUAGACGUGAGGAAGAGGCUCGUCGAUGGGCAAGCAGAGAAGCCGAAUUGAAAGGCCGAAUCGACCGACGCGAUGAUACUAUCCGCCAUUUCCAGGAUAUGACUCAGGAGCAAACCAAUGAGGCCGUCCAAAUUGACAACGAGAACCUUCGGCAAGAGCUUGCUCAGCUGGCUGCUCAGCACGAAGACGAAGAAGCUCGCUGGACGAGGAGAGAACAGCAGCUGAAAAAGAAGAUUCAGAGACGGGAAGGCGCUGUCAGGGAGAUGGAGGAUAUGACUCGGGAGGUACUGAGCAUCCGUCAGGCGACUGCCAGUGUGCCCGCUGAGAAUGAGAACACGUUCAAAGACACAACCAACAUACAGCGAAAGCCAAGCCAUCGACGAGAGGACACUCGCACUCGGAUCGCGAACCGUGUUCAGGAAGCAUCGCGCAAUAGUAGAUCUGCUAGUGCAUUCCAUUCCGCCAACCAGAUCGAGAGGAGCCCCCGCAAGUCAUCCUUUCACCGGGCGUCUCUCCCGGUUGACUCCUCCCGAAGUGUAUCAGCUCCAGUCUCUCAUAGCAAACAUGCCCAAGUCGAUAGCGAUAUGGAUUCGACCACUGACCUCUCGCUUGCUCCUCGUGGAACUCCGUACGUCAUGCGUGGGGGGGCCUCCGGAAUGCCUACUGCACCUGUAUCAAUCGUCGAGCCGCCGGCACCUCUUGACCUGACCGAGUUGAGCUUCAUCAACAGCGAUGCCAUUGCUGCACUUCGACGUACCCUAGAAGAAGAGCGGGCGGCGGCUCGUGGCAAGUCUGCGUCUGUGCCUGCAGAGCGUCACUCCCGUGAGGAUACUGUUCGAUCAGUUGCUUCCGUCAAGAGCACCCGCCAGGCAUCCUUACCGCGCAAGUCAUCCAUGAAGGAUGCUGCGGAAAAAAACAAUGCUACCUGUACUAUCUUCGAAGAUCUCUCAGGACACGUCUCGAACCACAAUGGUGCUACACCCGCUGAACCAACCCAGACUAACCAAUCUGCUGCCGCUGCCGAUACUUCAAUACUCAGCAACACAAGCCGCCGUCGCCGCAGCGCUCCUGCUGAGAUGACCUCUGCCUUUAUUGUUCCAGAUAUCACAAUUCAUACCCGCAAACAAUGUCCUACCACCACCAUCGAUGUGACUCAGAAGAUUGACCUCGAAGCUCACGAUGAUGUAAACUGCACCGUGUGUCGUCGCAAUGCAGAGAAUCCAUCUAUCGAGCCUCUUCGGGUCCCUAAAUUGGUUCCAGUUUCUAGUCGUAUGCCUGACGACAUUGAUGCCACGCUGCGUCCCGCAAGGUCCCCAAAGGAAGCUCUUGCACUUGUGGUCAAGGAGUUGCAAGAUGAGCUUGCACAUCUCCACCUUGAACUUCGAACUCAUCAUGCAAUUCUUCUGGCCCAUGACCCUAGUAUGGGGAUGAAGAACCGCAAGACAAUCGAAACAGCUAUCGCGAACCUGUUGGAGCGAAUCUCUUCCAAGAGCACACAAAUCUACCAUCUCUAUGAUGUUCUUGAGGGUCAGCAAGGCGAUCAUGAAAUUACAGAACAAGAAUUGGAGGAGAUUACGAGGGAGAUCAGGGUCGAGGAAGAACAAGUGAGCAAGAAAGGGAAGGAGAAGAAGGUCACCAUUCAGAGCUAUAUUGACAGCGAGAACGAAAGCGAACAUAGUCAUUUUCUAAGCGGUGGCGAGGAAGAGCUACCUUGGGAGGGGUUUGAGGACACGGCGUCCCAGAGCCUAAACCUCGGGAAGUUGGGGGUUGGUGCGACCGGGACUGGAAUUGUGUACUAGAUCUUGGAUCUAGGAUAUAGUGUUGAUGCUGUCAAGAUUGGAGUCCUGGUUUUCUUGGUUGUUCGGAAAUUGGAUGACUUAAUGGUCGGCGUUGGCGUUGGCGUCCGUCAUGCAUUGCUAUGGGCAACAUUGAGUAUUUCCGAGUCCAUGCUGGCUAUUCGGCUUGGGCACCCCGCAUUCUGGGAGUUUCUAUUUCUUCGACUUCCUUUCUCUACUCUGUCGCGUCUUAGCCCUGUCUGGCUGUCUACUUCUCUGCUUUUGCCUAAGCUGCCGACUGCUUUCACUGAAG